GUGUUUUCCCUUUUGGCGGGAGUUUUGCACUUUGCGAAAUUUUGUUUACAAUUGUAUAGAUUUUCUGCCGGAGAUCCCAAGGAUUCCCCGCGAUGGAUCAGUAUCCCGACGAGAACGAAGAGUUCGAGCUGCAGUACCAAGACGAGUUGGAGCUGCUGGACGAUUUGCCGCAGGAGUUUGACCCCUACGAUGGUCCGAGCACCUCCAAGCAGGCAGCGGAGAAACAGAAGGAAAACCGUGCUCCCGUGGGUCUAAAAGAUGCCGCCAACUUCUCACUGGGCUCGCCGCAACUCUCGCAAAUUACCUUUGGAGCAAGUCAGUUGGACUCUGUGGACGAUGGCGGUGGCAUCAGCGGUGGUGGUGGCCACGUCAAUCGACGUCUUUUUGGCACACCAAAAGGCCCGCCGGCGGGCCGUGGCUGCUCCACACCCUUCCAGCGUAUGCCGGCCAUACAGGAGCUGGAAUCCACCCAGCUGACCAGCAGAGGAUUCGACCAGGAGCCGCUGCUCAAUGCCGCCGCCAAACAGCUUCAGGAUGUGGGCCUCAAGAAUGCCAAUAAGCGGCGCCUGGAACGUGAUCUCUUUGGGGACAUUGAUGAUCUCUUUCACGAAUCCUACGAGGAUCCCAUGGUGAAGAAGGCCCGAACGGAGGAGCAAAGGGACAACGAGGCCAUUGACAAGAUUCUGGAAUUGCGACGAAAAAUGCGCGAAACCAGCAAAACCCUAAGAAAGGAUGAGGCUAGUCGGUUGCAGGCCUUGCAUGACUUUAAGAUGCGUAACCUCUCCUAUGAGAUACCCAAUUGGCCAUUUUUGGCCGUUCAAAGGAGCGAUCUGGAGCGCAUCUAUGUGAGAUUCCAUUCGGAGGAGUACGAGCAACGGCAACUGGACUUGCUUAGUGUGAGGGGAGGCUCAACGGCAGUGGUGGAGAGUUUACUGGGUGAAUCGAAGGAGAAGAUAUGGCAGGAGGCCAGAGAAAUGGUUCGCCUGCGCUCAGCUGAAGAUACCCUCUCCGAUCCAGAUAUAACCCUGGUAACUACUCAUCCAGAGACUGGACGCCUUUGGGUGGACAAGUACAAGCCCAGGAAGUACAUUGAUCUCUUGUCCGAUGAAAUGACCAAUCGGAGUCUGCUCUACUGGCUGAAGAUGUGGGACAAGGUGGUCUUUGGCAAGGCCUUUCACAGCAAGCAAGAACAGGAAAAGACUGAAGGAGCCACUGCAGGAGCAGCAGCUAAUAACCAGCUAAAUAGCUUCAAUAAGCGCACUGGGAAAUUCGAAUCGAAUGGAGGCUGGCGACAAAGGAAAUCCCGUCAAGCUUUGAAUACAAAUGUGGAUGCCCUGGGUAGACCCAUGCAAAAGGUGGCCCUGCUUUGUGGUCCACCUGGCCUGGGUAAGACCACAUUGGCCCACACCAUUGCCCGGCAUGCGGGCUAUAAUGUGCGCGAGAUCAAUGCCUCGGACGAUCGCAGUACGGAGGCCUUCAAGCUGGCCUUGGAGAAUGGCACGCAGAUGUCGUCGGUGUUGAAUCAGGAUAAGAGGCCCAAUUGCAUUAUUUUGGAUGAAAUCGAUGGUGCCCCGCGUCAAUCCAUUGAAUAUCUUGUCAAAUUUGUCAACGAUGGCAUUUUCAGCAAGGUAAAGGCCAAGGGCGGCAAGGCCGAGCACAAUGUCCUAAGGCGUCCCAUCAUUUGCAUUUGCAAUGAUGUCUACGAUCCUGCCCUGCGUCCUCUGAGACAAGUGGCCUUUGUGGUUAGCUUUCCGCCCAUUGAUGCUGCCCGUUUGGCGGAGAGAUUGGUUAAGAUUGCCCAAAGGGAGCAGUUGAAAACGGAUUUUGGUUCAUUGAUUGCCUUGGCGGAGAAAUCGGGAAACGAUGUCAGAAGCUGUAUUUCCUCCAUGCAGUUUUUUAAUGCCCAAAAGCAUAGCCUCACUUUACAGGAUGUGCUUAAUAAUAACUUGGGACAAAAGGAUCGUCAUCAGGGUCUCUUCGAGGUUUGGGAUGCCAUUUUCCGGAUAAAACGCCCUCGAAAAACCCUACAAACAGGUGGCCAAAAUGCCGAUGAGCCUGUUCAGGUCACAAUGACCAACAUGUCGGUGACAACGCGAGUGCGCAAUGUUUUGGAUGUGGUACACUCCAGUGGGGAUUACGAGAGACUCACCCAAGGCGUUUAUGAGAACUAUUUGCAGCAAAAGAUGCCAGAUCCAAAUUUUACAGGCGUGUGCGAGGCUCUCCAAUGGUUCUGCUUCACGGAUACAGUGCAACAUCAGAUUGGGCGACAACAGAACUACAGUGUGUAUCCCUAUCUGCAGUAUGGCUUUGUCGUUUGGCAUUUGCUUUUCGCAACUUUGGCCUGGCCAAAAAUUGCAUUUCCCACGCGUGGCUUUGAGUUCCAACAGAAGAGCACCAACCAAAGGAAUAUCUUUCAGGCCAUGCGCAAAGGUGUCACCACCUCGGCGCUUGGUGUGGGUCAGGGCAGGGUCCUGCUGCUCGAUACGGUGCCGUUGCUCAAGAGGAUUCUAUCGCCGCAAUUGCGCUCGGUGGCCGUGCAGUUGUUGUCGCCAAAGGAGCAACAAGACCUGCGGCACACCAUCGAGGUAAUGGUUGAUCUCGGCCUGACAUUUGUUCAGGUAAAAAAUAUUGAAGGUCAUUAUGUGUUUCAAACGGAGCCGGACUUGGAUGCACUUAGUGCAUAUCCCAGCUUUCCAGGUCUCACGCUUCCCUACUUCAGUCGCCAGCUGAUAGCUCGCGAAGUGGACUUGGAGCGGAUACGACGGGCGGCCCCCAAAGGCGGAGACCCUUCCACUGCAGCGCCUGCUGCCAAGAAGAAACCAACAGCCGGCGCUCAGCUGCCCAAUCAUUUGCAGACAUUGAAGCCGAAACCCAUUUCAUCGGCGGCUAAUAUGCGCAGUGCAGCGCCCAAGCAGCAGCUUACCAAAGACUUUUUUGGUCGAGUUACUCACAAAUCAGCUUCUACAACUCAUAAAGAUGAAGGAAAAACGGAUGCCAUAGUGAAGAGCCCCAUUUGGUAUCGCUAUAAGGAGGGCUUCAAUAAUGCCGUUCGCAAGGAUGUGCACCUACACGAGUUGCUUUAGAAUUAACUAGCUACCUUAGAUCCUUAAUUUUAU